CGUUGUUACUUUCCUGUUGAUGAAAUACUCCGACGAUUAAUCACUAGAUCGGAGAAGGAGAACAAUCGUUUGUGCAUAAAAUCCAUGAAAUAACUGAUUAAAUAGAAACAAAGAUUCAGAAUCAAAUUUCUUUUGGAAUAAAAAUGGUGAAAGGAAAAAUGAAUCCCCCUAGAAAAGAUGAUACAAUUACAGAUAACUACCAACAAACACGGCGUCUUGAAGCUCUUGAACUGCUUUGACAUGGAUUGUGAGACACCAUGUUCAUUCAAGUUUGCUGAUGAUAAGAUUAUAGAGUCUACACCGGCAAAGCUGGCUGGUAUAUUUUGCAUGCAGAGGAUUGGAAGCAGAAAGGGUCAGAAGCUGUUAAAGUACUAUUGUCCUAGUGAUUUGACUGACAAUGUUUUAUACAGCAAAUACUUCACCGAUAUCAAAUCUACAAAGCAUCAGACGACGGUGACUAAGACGAACAUUUUAGAGAAGAUAAAACAACUUAUGGCAAAAAGGAGAAAAAGUGGGAAAAGAAAGAAAGUUGAUGAAAAGGAUCUAGUUUGCCUGAUAGGUCUUUAUCUUUGCUGUGUAUUGUUUUUUGGCGACAAAAAUGCCAAUGGAGUGAACGCGAAAUAUCUUAGUAUCGUUGAAACUUAUGAUACGGUGCUCAAGGUGUCGUGGCCUGAUUUAAUACACGAGCACUUGUUUGAAGAGAUUCAUACUAAUCUUAGUUGUUUGUCAAAUGUGAAGGCUUGUGUGCAAUACCUACUGUUAUUGUUUGCUGAACACACGCCAGCAGGAUUAAUCCCGAAAGUUGAGAACCACGAGGAAGAUAUCCCGAGGGUUGGGAGAUGGGAUAUAUACCAAAUUUCUGAUUACAUUUGGAAAACAGACAUGACACAGUUUUCGCCAACUCCUAGCUUUGUGGCUGAGUUUUCACAGCUUGAGAAGCAGCUGGGUAUAUCAACCGUGGUACCCAGCAAGGACGACCUGCAAAGUUGGCUGAAAGCGCAAACUAUUGAGAAUAGCCAUCUGAAAGAGCAACUGCAAGAAAAGCAAGCAAUGCUUAAAGCAGUGUAUGCAAUUGCAAGAGAAGGGAUAUCAGAAGGGGACCUUUCAGGAACAGCGGAAUUCAAGGUUCACAAAUUUAGUUGCCAAAUUAUGCAAGCAAUGGGUAUUGAUCCUUACAAAGUGACCCAGGAAGAGUUUAUGCAACAUGAAGAUGAUGUACAUGGAGGUGCUGAGCAUGAAGAAGAAGAGUUACAAUUAGUUGAGACAGAGCAACAAGGAGAUAGAAGUACUGAGCAAGAGAAAGAGAAAGAUGAUGCGGAAACUUCCUUCAAUGAAGAAUUUCCAUGUAUGAGCCUUGCAGCUGGAAAUACGCCAACAAUUCUGCAAGCUCAAACUGCUGCAGAGGGGCACAAAAGACCACUCAGGACAUAUAGUUCGAGUAUGAAGAGUGUGACAACUUGCAAGACUCCACCAAAGAAAAGGCCUGUCGCAAAGCAAAAGCCCACUCCUACAAAUAAUGUUGAUGAGGAGCAGAAGAAAGAUGUUGAAGAGACACCUGUUACGGAUGAGGCACAGAAGAAAGCUGCAGAUGGUGGAGUUGUGGAUGGGGCAGGUGAUGAUGUAGCUGCAAAAGCCGUAGGUGAUGAUGUUACUGCAAAAGUCAAUGAGGAUACACCUGGAACUUUUGAUGACAGUUCUGCUUCAACACAGUUUGAGGACUCCAUGGUGAUAACUGCUACAACACCGCAAACACAGCCUGACAAUGCUCAGACCUACAGGUUGGUGCAACUAGGAGCUAACCCUGAUGAUAUGACGAAUGUUGAAGUGAGUGAAAUGAUAGAUGAGAUCGUCAGCAACAUUAACAAAACUGAACAUGGACCCGCAGUGACGGAGAAUGCAGAACCUACCUCAACUGCUACAACGCAGGAAAACGUUUUUAGCCUUGGAUUAGAAAAAACUCCAAAACCUGCAGGAGAGUUACUGAAGGAAGCUGCGAAUACAAUAAGAGAAAGGCAACCAUCAUUAAUACAACAACAGACAUUACUUGGAUGGAACGCAAAGAAUGGUAGCGAGCUGUUUGAUAUAUCUGGAGAACUAAUGAUACAGCUUACAAAGAAAGAAUCCUUCUUGGAGUCAGAAUUCAUCGACUUCUACAUUAGCAGAUUGAGGACGAAGAUGAACUCUAACAGCAAGUAUGACAAGGCGAUAUUCCUGUCGCCAAAAGCAUACUAUAUGUUGUAA